AUCCUGAAACUUAUCCUUGAAUUUCGGUGCAACAAGUUUAAGAUACAAAGAAAGAGAAUGAGCAACAGUAGUAGUGUGACAGUAACAGCAAGCACAAGACCUGCUAAUUAUAGUAAUAAUAAUACUUCUAAUUCUAAUAAUAGUAAGUUCGAAAAAAGGUCUGUUAUGGAUGAGUUGAGAAGCUUUGAUGAGAAAGAUGGUUACUUUGAUUUGGGUCAUCCUCUUCUUAAUCGUAUUGCUCACUGCUUUAUCAAAGCUGCUGGGAUUGGAGCUCUCCAGGCUGUAUCCCGUGAAGCUUAUUUUACCGUGGUUGAGGGUGGGGGGAUUGAUUCGAGUACUACAGAUGGUAAUAACGGGGCCAAGAAACGACAUGCAUUUCCCGAUCUUAGAGGGGAAACCAACAGAAAGUCGAUUGAAGCCUUGGUAAAAAGUACAGGCAAGGAGUCUUUUCAAUGGGGGUUGGCUGCAGGGGUGUUCUCAGGUCUGACUUAUGGGCUGAACGAGGCUCGUGGUCAUCACGAUUGGAAAAACAGCGCUGUAGCAGGAGCACUAACAGGCAUGACUCUUGCACUUACGUCCGAGGAUACAACACAUGAGCAAGUUGUGCAGUCUGCGAUAACAGGAGCAGCUAUUGCUACUGCUGCUAAUAUGCUUACCGGCAUUUUCUAAGACUAGGUGGCCAGCGCGCAAUUGUUUUGCACGUCAAGUUUUCGCUUGUUUAUGUUUAAUGCCAAAGCAGAACACCAUGUGGAUACUCAAUUUUAUGUAUGGACAUACAAGGUAGAAAUGUAGUGAUAAUUUAACU